AGAAUUAUCUUUUUGUUUUAUUUGCUACGUUUUUAUCGACAAAUGUGAAAACCAACUAAAUCAUUGUUUAUCUACAUACACUAUCCCUGAAUACCUCCUAUGAAGGACGAAUUUCACAAACUAUUCAACUUCAGAAUACCAUAUUGAACAGUGAAAGACUAGAUCUAUCAGCCAUGUGGGUGUCGAGUGUAAGAUUGGCUGCCGAUGCUUACCUUGUGUGUCUUCAUCAUGCCCUCACAACAGAGAAGGAAGAAGUGAUGGGACUGCUUGUAGGACAGUUCAGUGAGGGCAAUGAAGUGACCUGUGAUAUUUAUUCAGCUGUUACACUGAGAAGAUCAGAUAAAAGAAAAGACCGUGUGGAAAUAUCGCCCGAAAUGCUGAUUGAGGCGCAGCAAAAAGCCGAGCAAAUGUCAGCUUCCAGCGGACAGGAACUCCACAUUGUGGGCUGGUAUCACUCUCAUCCACACAUCACAGUUUGGCCCUCUGACAUAGAUUUGCAAACCCAGGCAGGAUACCAACAAAUGGACAGCAGAUUCAUUGGCCUUAUUUUCUCAGUUUACAAUGAGGACAAGAAAACCAAGGUAGGAAGCCAUCAGGUAACCUGCUUCCAAGCAACCAACCAGAGUCCAGAGGGAGAGGCUCCUCAGUACGUGCGAUUACCGGUCCCCUUGGAGAUUCAGCCAACCCCAAAUUUAGCCACUAACAACCAACAGGCCCUGGAGAACUUGUGUGCAACACUUUUUGAUGAACAAAGUGAAGUGCUAGAGUUGUCAAGACAGCGGUCUCCCCAAUACCCACUUGCUCACUUACACAAUGCAGCUGUGAUGGUUCGCAGUGUUUGUGGCCUUAGUAGCCUUGUGUCAGGUCCUCUUGUUUGCACGAUGGAGGAACGAUUACACCACAUAAGAGGCACUACGCAGCAUCUCAAACAAGAAGCAGAGUACUUAAAGAACCUCCUUCUGGAAAAUGAAAUCAAAGUUCCUCUUUAAAAUUUGCAAAAGACUUUAGAGAUGUGUAAAAGUAAGGAAAUUUACAGUAAGGCACUUUUGAGUGGAGUUUUCAUUUUAUGACUCUUACAUGUCUCCUUUUCUAGUCUGUUUUGUAUACCUGAAUUUAUACACCAUUAGGUUUUGCUAGCUGAUUUUAUGCAGAAAAUGUUUUUGUAGUGAUACAAAGAAUGUUCUAUAUUGUCAGUAGAUUUUGGUUCUUGUGUAUCAACCUUGAAAUAUUUGAUUUAUGAGGUUAUAUUUAUUAUUCAAAUUAUGAACUAAAUGGUGAGUCAAAACAGGUAUAUUAAUAAUUACCCAUAUUAAUGAAGUUUUUAUGAUCAAGAGAUUUCAUAGAACCAUCUAUGAAAUUAGAGGUUACCUGGCAGCUUGCUUAGUGGCAAGGGUUAGUCAGAUGUUAUGCAUUUAGUUCACAUGCAGAGUCUGCAAUUGACUCUGCCAGUUAGUAAGAAGAAUGAUUUUGCAACAAAUUUGCUGUUAUUUUAAAUUUACACCACUGAUCACGGGUGAAAAUUCGUACUACAUCAAAUGUUUCACCUGAUUAUAUGUAAAUUUGUAUGUGAAUUAUUAAAAAACUAAUUUAUAUUACUGAACAGAAGAAUCAUCAAUGGUCACAGCCAUACAAUGACCUGCAAUAAAUAUAAUGUGUGACAGUGUAAAUAAUAUCUUCAAAUUAUUUUGAAAUAAAAUUGUGAUUAUAUUGGAUAAAGUAGAAAAUAUACUUUGUGUAAGUUUGUUAUAAUGCGAUCUAAAAUCACAUUCAUAUUUUUAUUACCAAUUUCUCAGAACACAAGUGAAUAAAAAGCAUUGAUAUGUGACCUCUUUGAUCAGGUAACUAUUCUCUUAUUUUAUUUAUUCGACAUACACAUUAUUCUAUUUUUAUUUUCCUCAGUGAACUUUGCCUUAUAGAUAUAGACGAAAAACUUUCUCUAGGAUUGUCAUUUAUUCAUUGUUGCUCAAAAUAUUAAGAAAAAAGAAGAUACACAUAUGAAGGUAAUGGUAGGUUAGUUAUAAAUAAAAUAUUUCGUUUUGGAUACACAUUGGGCCUCCUUCAUGCACAGUACUGUUGAGAAAAUGACUUGUGUUUGGUUACAGAACUUUAAUGCAACGAAGGAUAUGGUGACUUCUGCAUUUCAUGAUUUGCCUCUCAUUCAAUUUCAAUGUCAUUUUCUUUAUAUGGACACAGCAUUUACAAUAGUGAAAGUAGAAUAUUAGAAUCACAAUCUUCCAGAGCCAGAAUUGAAUAUAGAAGUAAUAAUAAAGUCAUGAUAUAUAUUAUACCAUGACUAAUAGUAUUACAUUUUGUAUAUUUCUCACUUGUGAUAUAGAUUUCUAAGGUAUUUGAUCCCACCAAGUGUAACAAAGAAAAUAAAGUGUUUAUUAUAUACAGAAA